CUUGUUCUUCCUGGGGAGGGAAGAGACAAACCCCCAUUGCCUGUCACUGAAUUCAUCAGCAAUACCCACAGUGUGCCAUCAAUCUGCCACUGGCUGAUGCAGUUUCAUCGUAAAUUGGCAUCAUGCAGCAAAAGAAGAGUGUCAAAAGUGGAAACUGAUUACAGUUGGGCAUUGAUUAAUAGUGCCCUCCUGGCAUUCAACAAGGAGGACGUUGUCGCCUAUUUGAAAAGGGCAUUUGACAUGACAACAUGUCAAAUAAAAAAAAAUAGGCCAGCAUUUACCGUUGUCCAUUUGUGCUCUGCACACAUUAUUAAAGCAGUCCGAAAUGCAAUUUCCAAACUUUGCAGAGACAAAGGCAUUACAAAUUUCAUCACACACUGCUUUGCCCACUUGAUGAAUACCACCUCCAUCACCCAUGCAUGUGCAGUAUUUUAUAACAUGUGUGUAGUCCUACUGUCUCCUGAGAGGAAUGAGCUAACUAACCUCAGCAAAGAUUUUCUCUGGGAUUGCAUCUCGCAAGAACAAGUCCAGGAUCUCGACUUGAGCGAAAUAAACUCGGAUACCUUCAACAUGGAACGUGGCAAUACAGUCAUCUCAAAGUCUCCCUUUUCCAGGCUGUUCAGUGUCCAACAAGAACAAGCAAAAGUUAAUAUUUUAACUGAGAGACCAACUGGAAAAGAAAAUGACCUGUAUUGCCCAAAGAUCAUUGACAUGUUAAUGCAAAACUACAUGGGCAUUUUCCCUCUGUGGAGCGGCCUGCUUUUGGGAGGAUCAGCACAGCACUCUGCCCACUCAACAACAUCAGAAAAAGAGAGAACACGUGACACAAAUUGUCACGUGGAGUUGUGGUUUGGGAUAGUAAAAAACAAUAUCCUACUAAAAAAAAGACACUUCAGACCAGCGGAAUUUGUGAAUAAAAUGUAUAGUUCUCUGCAGGGCAGAUACGCAGAGCACAUUUUAAAGCACAAGUUCCCUGUGACAGUCUUGACCAACAAACCAAAAACAUCCGUCAGGCAGGAUGAUCCACAAGAAACGUGGAAAAAAAGGGAAAGUUCUGUGUGUGGCAAAAGAAAACCAUCGAAAUACUUUCAUCCACCAAAACAGACAUCAUCAACACUAGUCCAGAAAGUUCACAGAGACCCAGCAGAUGAAAAGAUAACACAGCUGUGGAAAAAAAGUGACACAGAAGUUGUGGUCUCUGCAGUCCAUUCACAGUCUGGGGGGACUAUUCCGAUUCACCACAGUGACCUCAGAACCCUUAGGCCACACCAGUGGUUGGUUGGAGAGGUUAUGGGGGGACUGAUACACAUAGCAGCAAGGAAAUAUGGAGUGUCAAAAAGAGUUUUCCUAAUGGACCACUACACAGCUGGUGUCAUCGUGAAAGGAGAGGAAACACAAAUGUCUCAUCAAAGCUUGAGAAAGGUCAACCUGGAGACUUAUGAAGGAAUCCUUGGUUUUGUUUUGAUUGGCGGUAAUCACUGGAAUUUACUGUACAUUCAUAAAUCAACCAAAACAGUGUAUCUGAUGGAUCCUUUGAGCGUUGCUUCAGAAUCAUAUUCCUCAAAAAGCGCAGCUGUGCAAAUACGAAAGUACCUGUCCAUCAGAAACAAGAUGCACUCAAAAGACGAGUGGGAUUCAAUCGAUUGGAAAGGGGGAGUUGUGAAACACCCCAUUCAACAGGAUGGAAACAGCUGUGGGGUUGUUGUCGUCAUGAUGGCCCAGUCUAUAUUGGCUUCGUUCCCACUGUUGCCUGAGAUGACAUUUGAAACAACAAAGAGAAAAAUGACAGAACAAAGACGGCAAAUGGCAAGAGAAAUCUUGGAGGCAUCAGGUAUAUAACACUUCCUUGCCAUAUACAAAAUACUGUAUUCUGUUUUCAAAGAAUAAUGUGACUAAACAUUAACUUAUUUAGCUGUUUACCUAUACAUGAUUCCUAUGGUGUUGUAAACAGGUUUAAAAGGCCUUGAAUUUGAAAAUUACAAAAAAGAUAGAAAAAGCAUUAAAAAGUAUAAA